AUGUCAAAUUGGUAUUCGGAUACUGUUUGUCGUUGUGAAAAUAGAAAGAAAUCUGUUUUUAUAAUUUGUAAUUGGUGUAUGAAAUAUGACUUAUGUUUUUGCGAAAAUAAAAAAUUAAAAAGAUAUGAUACAUAUAAAAAAUGUUAUAAAGGUGAAAAAAAUCUUCGAAAUCAUAUACUUAAAAAGAAAAUAAUUUGGCCAACUAUUUUAAAUACAAAAAAGGAUGAUUUUUAUAAAGACACAAUUCCAAAAUGUGAUUUAUGUUCUUCUUAUAGAAGAAAAAAAUUUGUAAUAAGUUUUUAUAAAAAAUUUGGAUUGGAUGAAGAGAUUUUUUCUUUUGAAUAUGUUUAUAAAGAUUUAGAUGUUUACAGAGAUAAAUAUUGUGGAAGUAUUUGGAAUUUGCUGAAUGCAUAUAAAAAUGAUAUAUAUGAAAGAAGAGAUUCAUAUAGUUGGGAGGAAGAAGUUCCAUAUGUUGUUUUCGAAUCAAUUCAUGAUCAUUACGAAUAUUAUUUUAAAUAUGAAAGAAAUAAUAUCAAAGUUUUUUCCUUUAAAGGUGUCAUAAAACUCAUAGAUAUGUCUAUUAAAGAUAUAGAUGAAAUGAAAGAUUUAUGUGAUUAUAAUCCAAAAUUAAAUGAUGUGAUUGAUAAAUGUAUAGAAGGAAAUAUGGAUAAGAAUUUAAGAUUUUUACUUUUUCUUUAUCCAAGAUUAAAAUAUUAUCUUCCUGAAAAACAAAUUAAUGAGGAAAAAAAUUCUAAUAAUGAAAUUAUAGAGAAAAACAUUAUAGAAAUUAAUAAAGAGCUUAAAUCAUAUUGUCAAUUAUGCAAAGAAUAUACAGAAAAUUUUGCGAAUAGAUUAAUUGAAGAAGGUUUUACAAAACUUCCAAAUGAUAAACUUAAAAGGAAUUAUACUGAUCGUAAUAAAGAUACUAUUGCAAAGUUAGAUGAUUUUAAGAUUAUUGUUAGGUCUAAAUUUAGAAUAGAUAAGGAAAUUGGGUUUAAUGAUAUUAAAAGAUUAUAUAGUUUAAUUGAUAAAUAUUAUAAUGAACAUAAGAAAACUGAUGUUAAUAAAAUGACCAAGAAAAUUCUUUUUUUGAAAAAGAAGUAUGAUCAAGAACAUCAUUUUGAAAUAGAAAUAAACAAAAAUCUUAAAGGAAAUAGUAAAUCAUGUGAAUUGAUAGUCGAAAAUUCAAAUAAUUAA